AUGGAAGCGAAGUGUGUCGCAUUCGUGUGGUUCGUACUAUUUGUUCACUUGCUGUUGACUACAGAGGUUCGCCUUGAAGAUUUUAGUGAAAAAGAAUUUGUCGAUGCCAACCACCACAGAGGAUGCACGUAUUUAGACUGCGAGAAGGACGACGUUUGCGUGCAUCGAAAAUUUCGAUGCAAGGAUGUUCCGUGUCCCAGCAUGCUGUACUGCGCGAAAUCUCAAACAGAAUCGUUGAGAGGACCUUCUUCUUGUGACACCGUGCAUUGCACAAGUGGAUACGUGUGCAUGUUGAAGGUUCGUCGAUGUCAUUGGGAUGAACAAUGCGAGCAACAGAUAGCAAGAUGUGUAUCUCGAAAGGAGUACCACGAAGGUCCCGCUUCCUGUGCCGGCUUUAAGUGUCCUCAAGGAAAUUACUGCAUCCUCAGGGAGUCGUUCUGUGCCAGUCCUCCUUGUAAAUUACUAAGGAGCUGCGCGAAGAAUAAAGAAGUGCGUCUUUGGUUUGGAAAAUGCCGAAGUCUUGGCUGUUCAUCGGAGUACGAGUGCUUCCUGCGAAGACCAGAAAAGAAUUGCUCGAAUCCACCGUGCAAACACACGCCAGACUGCGUGAUAAGGAGAGAAGAAGAAGCAACGAAUGAACACUGUCGAGGAUGGAUGUGCCCGCGAAUGCAAACCUGUUCCGCAGAAGUUGUAGGACCCUGUGCAGCAAACGACUGUAAUAUUAAAAGAACUUGCCAGGAAGUUCUCGCGGUGGCAACAAAUGAUUCUUCUUCGUCCUUUUCAAGAAGAUCUCUGAAAAACGAAGACGAGGUCUCUCCGGUCGAUGUCAAGCGAUCUCGAAAUACGUCGCAAGGGAAUGGAAGAGAAGAAACAAAGUGA